GUGACCAACGGGUAACGGAUAGUGUUGUGUACAACGCGUUUUAUUGGCUGAUUUUAUCGAGUGUGACCGUGUUUUUCUGAGCUUCUACAUCCAGAUCAGGCUUCGUCAUGAACCUGUUUCGACUAGUGGGGGAUCUCUCCCACCUGUUCGCCAUCAUUAUACUUCUUUUGAAGAUUUGGAAAACUCGCUCGUGUGCCGGCAUCUCGGGCCGAUCUCAGCUGCUGUUUAGUAUUGUAUACACGGCCCGAUACCUCGACCUAUUUACCUCGUUUAUCUCGAUCUACAACACUGUCAUGAAAGUUAUCUUCCUCGUCGCGUCCUUCGGCACCUUGUAUCUGAUGUGUGUGAAGUUCAAGGCCACCUAUGACCGAAAUCACGACACAUUCCGAGUGGAGUUCCUGUUGGCACCCUGCGCUGUGCUUGCCUUGCUGAUCAAUCAUGAGUUCACUAUAAUGGAAAUUCUAUGGACGUUCUCGAUUUAUUUAGAGGCGGUAGCCAUUUUGCCGCAACUCUUUAUGGUAUCAAAAACAGGGGAGGCGGAGACGAUUACGUCGCAUUAUCUCUUUGCACUAGGCUCAUACCGAGCGUUGUACAUUCUCAAUUGGAUCUAUCGUUAUUAUGUGGAAAACUUCUACGAUUUUAUCGCCAUUGUAGCCGGCGUUGUACAGACCGUCCUUUAUUGUGAUUUCUUCUAUUUGUAUGUCACGAAAGUUAUCAAGGGUAAAGCGCUUAAACUGCCGGCCUAGGAAAGCGUGUAUCCGACAUAUGUGCUUUCCCUAUACUCGACCCAUAUAGACCGUUGCGAUGACUGUAUCAGGCCCACCCCUGUUGUACGUGAGCUCCUGCUAUCAUUUCUAUAGGCGUCGCUGUUAUACGUGAGCUCCCGCUAUCAUUUCUAUGGGCGGCAUAUCCAUAACUGGUCUAUUUGCUAAGCAGCCCGAUUAUGUAGAUAUUACACAAAACUGCGGCAAAACGCUGAGGUAGAUCGAAAAUGGACAACAGUUUAUUGGACAGGCAACGCGUAUUCGCGCGUCGAGAUGCGUACGAAUGUACCAAGAAAGACUAACUUGUAAGACAAUUACCAUGAUUUCAUUUUCUGUUUUACUGGAUUUCGAUUCUUCUCUUUAGUUUACUAUGCUGCUCUGCUUCGAAACCUAGAACUAAUAAGUUUGCUAACCCAUUUCUAAGAAAGACUGCAAGGGUUUGCUGUCUCUAUUAUAAUGGUUUCCGAUUUAGGGUAACUUAGACCGGUUGACCUCAAUGUUAACGUUGACGCAACAGAUGGAGAUCAGCUUAGUGAAGAUAAAAACGAAAAAGGAUGCGCUUAAAAAUGUUAAUGAUUAAAAACGCAGUGGUGUAUGUUUUCGUAUUUCAUUGAAGAUUUAUUUAAAAGCAUCUUAGCACCAGCAUCAACUACCAGUGAUUUACUGGUAGUCCGUUUUCAUUAACUUCUUUUAUAUACACUGAGGUAUCUUCUAUUUUUUAUCCUCGACAUAUCGCUAGUAGUUGUCGAUCGCAACAACAGAUGAUUGCACGGCCAACUCAAAAAAAAAACCCUGAUAAGUUCAUAAGAUAGAUGCAGGCGAUCGCCAACGGUCUAAUGAAUCUAAUUACGUGGUGAUGACAGCAACAGUAGCGAAUUCCGGUGAAAGGAGUCACGAUGAUGAUAAUGUUAUACAGCGAGGUUAAAUCGUUGGAGAAGGCGAUGCUGGGGGUUGUAAAAACGAAAACGAAAGAAAUGAAAACGACAAAGAAGAGAAAUCUUGGAAAAUUAUAACCAGUGUUUUUGCUAUCAAUGCUGAGGCUGCAAGUGACUAGUGAAUUAGAAAGAACUAUAAGGCGUGAACGCUCUUUUCCUUGUGGGGCAUGCUUGACCUCUCAACUACAGCAAUUUCGAUGGCGACGCCACGUGCUAAUCAUUGAAAAGGCUAGAAGACAGUUAAUAAGAAUAAGCUUAAUACAAAGGUGACGAUGAGUAUAUCAGCUAUAUAAUGAAGCUUGAAGAUGAAUUAUGAUUAUGAGAAACGAACAUUCAGAACUAUUUUGGCUACCUUCAACAACUGUAUUCAAACAAAAAAAAUGAACGAUAGGUAUAUAUAUAUAAAGGGAGAGAAAGAGAGAGAGCGAGAUCGCAAGAAAGAAACAAACAAAAAGGCUGAUGAACUGCUAGUACUACUAAGUAGAUAUAAAGAAUUCGGAAAAAAGGAAAGGGCUAACGAAUCAACUUAUUAUUAAUAUUAUAAGGAAAGUCGAAAAACUUUAUGAAGAAUGAAUGUUAGUGUAAGGUCAUGUCCGCCGCGGAGCAUUUCGUAGGAUCUUCAACGACGUAACUAGUGUUUGAAAGAUUUAAAUAGGGUCGAACAAGCGGUGUGGAUGUACGGAAUGGCUUUGAACAGUGAUCGAAGGCUCAAAGGCAUCUUGUACUAAAUAUGAACGGGACAAGUCAGUGGGGCUACUACAUUAUAGUGAACAUAAAAAUGAUAUGAAAUAACGAAAAUGCUUAUCAUUUUUUCGAUUGUUGAACACGACCCCAAUAAUAGUGGGUAAGGUAGCAGUUUCAACGUCCCGCACGAAUUGGUCAUAAUGCGUAGUCGUUAACAGGGAUACGGGUGGAACGUGUAGGGAUCACGGUGUGUUGGAUAGACUCGUGUGAAUGAAAGGUAGAUUGAGAAGUGUCAAUGCGUGUGAAACAAAUAGGGCGAAAGUAACGAUGCGGAGGUAAGAACGAGAAGGGAAAAUCAGGUUCUGAACCGAUCAAUUCGUAAUCGCCCAGAAUCGACAAUGAAAGCGAGAAAAUUAGAGACACGAAUGUUUUCUUGAUAUUAUUAUUAUUAUUAUAAUUAUUAUUAUUAAUAUUAUGCAAAUAAUAAAAUGGGAUGUUAUUUUAUA